UGGAGCGCUGGAGGCCGCGGCGAGGGAUGAGAUCUGCCUUUACCCAUCCGAGCAGGACACUUUUCCACUCGUAAUUAAUUUGAUUUGAUUUUGAUUUUUUAAUUUUUCCAUGCUCCGCUCCCGGAGGGUCAUUUGAACUCUAAAGGAAUCGCCGAGGGGGCGAGGGGACCUGGAGAGAGAGGCUGUCCAAACGACUCCACCGAGGCUCCUCCGCCCCCUCCAAGAUGAUGCUUAGCCCGGACCAAGCCGCCGACUCUGACCACCCCUCCUCGGCGCCCUCCGACCCGGAGUCCCUGGGCGGCGCGGACGCCCAGGCUCUCAGCUGCUGCGUGUCCGACCCGGAGCCCGCCGAGGGCGGCGGCGGCGGCGCGCGAGGCGGCGGCGCGGGGGUUGUCGGCGGGGAGGCGUGGCGGGGCCGGCCGGGGUGCACCGCCGCGCUGAGGCGGGAUGAACGGCGGCGGCGCCGCGCGACGGCCAAGUACCUGCCGGCCCCGCACCGUGAGCGGAUGCCGCGUGGAGGCUUCAACCGCUUCGCCGAGUGCGCAAAGCUGCAUGACCCACACUGCCCCCGAAAGAAGCUCUUCAAGAUCGAGAUCCUGCGCUCGCCAUCAUGCUACAGUCUCCUAUCAGUCAACCACGUGCUGGACGUGUAG